CGCUCUCUCCUCACUCCUUGGCGCUCUCUCGCUCUAGCUCUCUCUCUCGCUCGCUCUCUCUCGCUCUCACCCUCGCUCUGCGUUCUGUCCGGGAGGAGUACGAAGAAGCCAAUAGGAUGCGGGGUCUCUAAUGGAUGCAAAUGAUCAUGAAAAGACAGUGCAAAAUAUGAAACAACUCAUUUGCAGGGAAGUAAAUCACCGAAAACUGUUUAUGAACUGGCAUCCCUUCUUCGAAAUGUAAAGCGAGGACCUCUUUAAGUGGCGGUAUAUUUUUGUUUGGGGGGUGGGGGGUGGGGGGAGGGCGAGCGAGCCGCGGCUGCCAUGCAAGCUUAGACUUUUGGAGGCUUCUCUGUCCUUUUCUAUUCCUGGAAAUCACAAAAAGUGUGUCGGCUUCGAGAUCUUCUUCGCCUUUUCUUUCUUUUCUUUUUUUCCCCUCCUCUCUUUCCCUCUCCUUUCCUGGCGAGGGUGACUAGGAGCCGGCGAAUCCGCGUUUUUUUCUCUCUCUCCCUCCCUUUCCCCCUCCCCACCCCUCCCCAACAGCCCCCAACUACAGCCUCCGCCGCCGCCGCCGCCUCAAAAUUCAAUAAAAUGAGCUCUUAUUUCGUCAACUCACUGUUCUCCAAAUACAAAACCGGGGAGUCCCUGCGCCCCAAUUAUUAUGACUGCGGCUUCGCCCAGGACCUGGGCGGCCGACCCACCGUGGUGUACGGUCCCAGCAGCGGCGGCAGCUUCCAGCACCCGUCGCAAAUCCAGGAGUUCUACCACGGGCCGUCGUCGCUGUCCACGGCUCCCUACCAGCAGAACCCGUGCGCCGUGGCGUGCCACGGGGACCCCGGCAAUUUCUACGGCUACGACCCGCUGCAACGCCAGAGCCUAUUCGGUGCGCAGGAUCCAGACCUGGUGCAGUACGCAGACUGCAAGCUUGCCGCCGCCAGCGGCCUGGGCGAGGAGGCCGAGGGCUCCGAGCAGAGCCCGUCGCCCACACAGCUCUUCCCCUGGAUGCGCCCGCAAGCAGCCGCCGGACGCAGGCGAGGCCGACAGACCUACAGCCGCUACCAGACCCUGGAGCUGGAGAAGGAGUUCCUAUUUAAUCCCUAUCUGACUCGCAAGCGGCGAAUCGAGGUAUCGCACGCCCUGGGACUGACAGAGAGACAGGUCAAAAUCUGGUUCCAGAACCGGAGGAUGAAGUGGAAAAAAGAGAACAACAAAGACAAGUUCCCCAGCAGCAAAUGCGAGCAGGAGGAGCUGGAGAAACAGAAGCUGGAGCGGGCCCCAGAGGCGGCGGACGAGGGCGACGCGCAGAAGGGCGACAAGAAGUAGGCUCUAGCUGGGACUGCCAGGGCCGCGGCCGCCCGCACGUCCGCGGGUCCCGGCCGCGCCGCCGCCGCACGCCUCUGCCCGAGAGAGCUCUGGCCCCGCUAGCGGGGCCAGGAGCCGGGCCUCCCACCGCAGCGUCCCCCGCCGCGCCAGUCCCCGCUAGUGGUAGUAUCUCGUAAUAGCUUCUGUGUGUGAGCUACCGUGGAUCUCCUUCCCUUCUCUUGGGGGCCGGGGGAAAGAAAAGGAUUUAAGCAAAGACUCCCUCGCCCUGUGAGGGCGAGCGGCCAAGGCCCGGCUGAGCCCCCCAUGCCCCUCCCCACCCCGUGUAAAAAGCUUCCUUGUGCAAUUGUCUUUUUUUUCCUUUGAACGUGCUUCUUUGUAAUGACCAAGGUACAGAUUUCUGCUAAGUUCUCCCAACAACAUGAAACUGCCUAUUCACGCCGUAAUUCUGUCUCCCUUCUCUCGCUCUCGCUCUCGCUCUCGCUCUCUCUCUCUGCGUCCUCAUUUCCCCUCCCAAUCCUCUCUCCCCGCUGCACCCCCCAGCUCGCUGGCUUUCUCUCUUGCUUCUCUCUUUUCCUCCUCCACCCACCCCCUUUGGUUUGACAAUUUUGUCUUAAGUGUUUCUCAAAAGAGGUUACUUUAGUUAGCAUGCGCGCUGUGGGCAAUUGUUACAAGUGUUCUUAGGUUUACUGUGAAGAGAAUGUAUCCUGUAUCCGUGAAUUGCUUUAUGGGGGGGAGGGAGGGCUAAUUAUAUAUUUUGUUGUUCCUCUAUACUUUGUUCUGUUGUCUGCGCCUGAAAAGGGCGGAAGAGUUACAAUAAAGUUUACAAGCGAGAACCCGA